GAGGGGAGGGACGCGAGGGAAGGGAAAACGUGAGUGGACAAAAACAAAGCGUGGAGGGUGGGAAGGCACAAACAGCUUUGAGAACGAGGCAGCGCGUGAUCUGGCACGACGAUUGAUUAUUGUUCUGGUGCUGAACUGGGAACUCGAUGAUUUUCCCCCGUCGCCUCGACCUUUUCCAACUGUUUAGCUUCCGCCCAUUGAUGCGGAAUUGUGAUUGGCUGACGGGCGGAGGAGCUGGAUUGAUCUGAUUGUCCACGGCACGUCACAUGCGAGGUAUAAACAUCUGCGUGUCCCCCGCUCGCCGCGCGCUGCGAGUACAGCCCAUCACCCAUUCCAUUCUGCUUCCUCUUCUUUCCGCCUCAAGCUAACAGUCUCCCGUUUACUCGAUCCAUAGCUAUCUUUCGCCCUUGAUCUAUCUAUCAGUCGAUCCAUCAACACCACACCAUCAUCAUGCCUCCCAAGAAAGCCACCGGCACCGCUGCCGCCACCAAGGACAAGAAGCCCGCCGCCGCCCCGGCACACGCUUCAUACAAGGAUAUGAUCAAGGACGCAAUCAUCAACCUCAAGGAGCGAAAUGGAAGCAGCCGACAAGCCAUCAAGAAGUAUGUCAAGGCAAACAACAAUGUCACCAUCACAUCCGAAUCCCAAUUCGACUCUCUGUUCAACAAGGCUUUGAAGUCGGGUGUCGAGAAGGGUGACUUCCAACAGCCAAAGGGUCCCUCAGGUCCCGUCAAGCUCGCAAAGAAGGAAGCCAAGCCUGCCGAGAAGAAGGCCGCCGCCCCUAAGAAGGAGAAGAAGGACGAGAAGCCAAAGGCCACCAAGGCAAAGACUGUCAAGCCCAAGACCGCCGCAUCAAAGGUCAAGAAGGCCGCUGCCCCUAAGAAGGCUUCCGCCGCCAAACCAAAGGCCAACACCGCUACUAAGAGAGCCCCCAAGACCAAGACGAAGACCGAGACUGCCCCUGCCGUCACAGACGCCCCAACAGUUCUUAAGAAGACGAAGUCAGGGCGCGUCAGCAAGCAAAAGACCACUUCUGGCACGAAGAAGGCUGCUCCCAAGAAGGCAGCCCCCAAGAAAGCUGCCGCCAAGAAGUCGUCUGCCACACCCAAGAAGGCAGAGGCCUCUGCAUGAACUAUAACAGGGCUUCAUGUUGAUGUUAUGACCUGACGUGUGUUGCUUUUGCUUUUUCCAAACUUCGUGUGUGUGUAUGUGCUGCUUUGGAGUGAUUAUGUUGAUGGGACAUGACGUUGGGUGGUGGCCGGGUGUGUGGGGCGUUGCUGAUUGCCAUGAAAGGGCCGCUCACUUUUGGUUGCCGAUGUGUCUUUUUUACAUAACCUCGGGGGCGUGCUGUGUUUUCGACGCGUUUGGAAAUUCGAUGGCUCAAGAUGGGGAAUCUCGGCGUUAUUCGUGAUGUGAUUGGUUUUUUUGGGACUGGAAUACGUAUGGGACAAACGCAGGAGAUGCAGAAAUUCAGGGGCGCAAAAAGGUGUGUGUGAGUGUGUCUUGACAGUGCACGAGAGAUUAUUAUCCAUCAACGGCGCAUCUCAUCUCGUCUCCUUACUUUUGUAUAAGAGGAUGGAUGAACGAUGUGGGUGGCAACCUUUUGCAUUUUUCGAUCUUCACACGUACACAGUCAAUCGAAAAUGCCCCUUGUACAGACACUAGUAUUACCACACCAUUUUGCGCGCGCUUUUCAGUAUAGCCCGGAUUUUGGGGGGACUUGACGCUCUGGUGUUGAUCUUUCGUCAGGGCAAUUAGGUAAUCACAUUCUUUCCAAAACAAUGUGAUGUCAUUAGUCAUUCGGUCGGUAAACCUACCCGUACUGUUGGGAAGUACAAUAAAGUGCUACUUGUAGUUACUGUUCCCACAUCUCGUACUCGUACUU